UUUGGACCUUCACGUGAGAGGCGGGAUCUUUUUGUUAUGGAAGACUGCAGUGAUGUUGGUGACGGCUAUCUACGGGGCUAGGACACUUGCUAAGAGUUUAGUAAGGGUGUCUGCUGUGAUCUUUUGCAGGUCUAGCCAGCAGUUAUGGCUGCAGAGCUCUCUGGGGCCUGUGAGACAGUGUCUGUCUGUGGCUUCCACCUGGCCUAUACGAUGGAACAGCUCUUCAACCCAGCAGAGACCAACAGAAAUGGACUCUUUUCAGGAUCAGAUCUUCCUUAGCGAUACGUGUGUAAAGAGGCUAAGUGAAAUAAUGCAGAAGGGAGAAUUUCUGCGGGUGCAAGUGGAAGGUGGAGGCUGCUCUGGAUUUCAGUAUAAAUUUUCUGUGGACAGUGUGAAGAACAAAGAAGACAGAGUGUUUGAAAAGAGGGGUGUGGAGGUCGUCGUUGACCAGGACAGUCUGGAGUUUAUUAAGGGAGCGACACUGGAUUUCAGCGAGGAGCUGAUCCGCUCCUCCUUCCAGGUGGUAAAUAACCCGCAGGCCGAGCACGGCUGCUCCUGUGGCACGUCCUUCUCCAUCAAGGUCUGAGCAAGGCCGCUGGGGCAGCUUCCCAGCUCCUUUUGUGGUGUUAUCUGUUGCCUUUGUCACAGGGCAAUUCAAGUAGCCCAUCAUUUCAGUGGAUAUUUACAGUGGUGUCAAAGUACCCAGAGGCUCUGUAGCCUUUUUUGUUUUGCAAAAUUCAGCGCCGUGAAACUUGAACUGUGAAAGCAAUUAUUGUUCGUAUCUCCUCCUGGAAGACGAUUCCAGGUGUAAGAAAAAUAUUAUGGAAAGGGUUACAUUGUCUGUAUAUUUAACAGAUACAUUGUGUUUCACUACUUGUUUAAUGGUGUGAUUGAUAAUGAGAUUAAUUCAUUCUGAUGUUUCAGGACUUUGUUUUUUGUUCCAAGAUGCAAUGGCUAAGAUAAGUUCCAUUAAGAAUGGGGGAUCAGAACAUUUUUGAAGUAAUCAGAGCAAUCUGUAGUGAACCUUGGAAGUUUGAAGUAGUUUUCCUUCUCUUUACAAUGCUUAGUGGGUUAGGGCUGAAAUACAGCAUGUGCAAAGAUCUUAGCAAAUAAGAUUAUAAUGUAACAUUUAAAGGAUGUUUUGUAUUAUGAGUUGAUUACUUUAUUUUCUCAACUGUAAUGUUGAAUUUAAAAAACACAGCCAAAAUGUGUAAUACAAAUCCUAUAAAUACAUCCCUUAAUAGGGAAUAUGGAUUGAUGUAAAUAGUUUUUAUUUUCAAAAAUAAAGAAACAUAUAUAUGA